AGACGAAGUCCAACCAAAGCUUUACACUUUUGUUUGAUGAUUUGAUCCAAUUAUCCAAUUUGAUCGGUUUACUCUGUGACAAAAACAGAUGUGAAUUAUUUUUAAUUUUCUUAAAAAAUUAGGCGACAUUAAAUUAAGUCACGCAUUGAUUUGCUUUUACAGUAAUAUAAAUAUUACAUUAUUAUUCAGUUAAAAAGUUUAACUUCAUUUAUGUAGGAGGACGUGGGAAACCGCACAUUAUAACCUCACUCGAGUGCAAUUAAAAAUAACAGCGAACGGCAAAAUGGCAAAGAAUGCUACCAAGGGUGGAAAAAAAUCGAACGAAGAAGUAUUCGCAGGCUUUCAGAACCUUCGCGCCGAGCAGAGGCAGCUCGCGAACAAGAUAUCAGAACUGGAGAUGGACCUCAACGAACACAAAAUCGUGAUAGAGACGCUGCGCGGCGUGGAGCCGGAGCGCAAGUGCUUCCGCAUGGUGGGCGGCGUGCUGGUGGAGCGCACCGUGGGCGCCGUGCUGCCCGAGCUGGAGGGCAACCGCGACCGUCUGCCGCAGGCGCUACAGGCUCUGAACGAGCAGCUGACGCGCAAGGGGCAGGAGAUCAACGAUUACAUCGAGAAGCACGACAUCCGCGUGCAGCGCGGCGCCGACGCGGAGCCCCAAGCGGCCGCGCCCGACGCCGCCAAGAGCAACGUGCUGGUCGCCAGCGCUUGAGGACCCCACGAUGUUGCCUUCAGAAAGUAACCCGUGCUCAUCGUUGCAACAUUCCAAUGCUAUCACUCCAAACCUAACUUUCCUCACAAAAAUGUUGGUGUGUGACUGGCACAUGUUAGCAUUGGAAUGGGGCAAUACUUUCUCAGAUAACUAAUUCCUCACCCCUGCUGCUGUCCGACGGCGGUGUCGCCGGUCGCCGUGGGACUCUAUAGGAAUAUUUUCAAAGGAUUUAUUCUCAAGAAAGAUGCCUACAUUGUAAUACAAUAGAUCAGUCAAUGGAAAAAAAAUUAGUGUGAUAUUUGUAGAAACUGGGAGUGCACUCCCCGAGCUUUGAGUGGGCGCUACAAUAUCACUGCAUUGCUAUGUCAGUUGUGGAGUAAGCUGAAUUGCAGUAAUGGGACACAAGUGUGGGCGAGGCAUCCCGAGCAGCUUGGCCGAUACAUACUGCUAUCUGUAUUGUCAGUGGCUGAAGAACAAUCUCCCAUCUAAUGCUAUCUCUGAAGUUUGCCGCAAGUAUCUGGAUAGUGAUGAUGGAAAGAAUUCAUUGAUGCUGAAUAUGUAUAGGGCAAUAAGUACCUUACGGCCUUAACACGAGCUUCAAAACACUUCCUUGAAAUUCUCAAAGUUAUUGUAUCUAUUAGUUUUUGUAAAGUUAACAAUAGGUAAGUUAUAAUGAAACAUGUUUU